UCUCCCCGAAAAGCAGCUCCACAUCCCUUCCCCUUCUAGUUCUCGAAGCCCUUAACCCGCGAGGCGAGAGGGCCAGCCACUGAGGAAGACGGCGACGGCGGCGACGACGACGAGGAGGAGGUCGGCAGUACCGCAGGGGCAUACGCGUGGAUUCGCGAGCCGCGGGAAUCCUGAUCCUAACUCCUAGCCGGUGGGUUGAGGGGGAGGUCGAGCGGGACCCGGCGAGGUGGGGAUGGCGGCGCCGCGGAGGAGCGGGGCUCGGCUCGCGGCCGUCCUCGCGCUGCUGCUGCAUCUCGCGGCGGUGAUCGAGGGGAAGAGCUUCUACGACGUGCUGCAAGUCCCCAAGGGCGCGUCGGAGGAUCAGAUCAAGAGGUCGUACCGCAAGCUCGCGCUCAAGUACCAUCCUGAUAAGAACCCUGACAAUGAGGAGGCUACCAAGCGAUUCGCCGAGAUCAAUAAUGCUUAUGAGGUCUUGACGGAUCAGGAGAAGAGGAAGGUCUAUGACCGGUAUGGUGAGGAGGGGCUGAAGCAGUUCCAAGGCGGGAGAGGAGGAGGCGGCGGAGGGAUGAACAUGCAAGACAUCUUCAGCAGCUUUUUCGGAGGAGGUGGUGGUGGUAUGGAAGAGGAGGAAGAACAGAUCAUAAAAGGUGAUGAUGUGAUUGUUGAACUGGAUGCUUCACUAGAGGACCUGUACAUGGGGUCGACAUUGAUAGUUUGGAGAGAAAAAAACAUCAUAAAACCAGCACCAGGAAAGAGACCGAUGCAACUGCAGGAAUGAAGUUACCACCGUCAAAUUGGUCCUGGAAUGUAUCAACAAAUGACCGAGCAGGUCUGCGACCAGUGUCCAAAUGUGAAGUAUGUACGAGAAGGUGAUUUUUUGACCGUUGAUAUUGAGAAGGGUAGCAAGAUGGACAGGUAUGAAGCAGCUGCCAUGUUUUAUGAAGGAGAGCCUAAGAUUGAUGGAGAACCUGGAGACUUGAGAUUCAGGAUUCGGACAGCACCACAUGACCGCUUCAGAAGAGAAGGCAACGAUCUACAUGCAACAGUUACAAUCUCCCUGCUCCAAGCUCUGGUUGGAUUCGAGAAGAACCUCAAGCAUCUUGACAACCAUUUGGUCCAAAUCGGCUCGCAGGGUGUUACCAAGCCCAAGGAGGUAAGGAAAUUCAAAGGAGAGGGCAUGCCAUUGCACCAAAGCAACAAGAAAGGCGAUCUGUAUGUGACAUUCGAGGUGUUGUUCCCGAAAACUCUGACGGACGACCAGAAGGCCAAGCUGAAGGAUGUUCUUGCAUAAGAACUGCCUAUUUUUCACUUUGUGCUGCAGCUAGUUGUUUGAGGUGUACCUCAAGGAAAUUUUCCAAGUAGCUUGCAUAGGAAGAAGCACCAAUGGUGUUGCCUUUCUGGUGGGUGUAUGUGAUUUUCCGUUGGUAAUAUUAACUGCUCAAUUUUUAGCCCCUUUUCCACUUGGAUGCUCUUUUAACAGAUCUGUAGUAUUAGAAAGUCAAUGAAUUUGUACCAGAAUAUUUGUACUCCUGGAAUACAAUGUCUAUAGAAUUGUAGCUUACACUCA